CCCUUGGGCUUACCGUAACCACAUACCGUACAUUCGUUUUGCAGAAAUUAUAAGUUUGCUAGCAAACGGGUUUAUAAAAUAUUGAAAAUUAUAGAGCAGCCUGACUCAACUGGCCAUCUUUGAUUACCUGUAAACCGGACUUACCAGCGUGAGUCUGCAGAGGGCGCUAUCUACACCAAACUUCGUGUCGCGCUUCCGUUCUGUAACACAAACCCUUUACUACCGUACAGUACUCCAUGUCCCAUUUUGUUCCGCAACUACAUCUGUCCCGCAACUUACGUGUAGUCUACUUUUCAGUCCUGCAACCUUGAUGGCGCAUAGACUGGCCGAGUUUUGAGCCCGGAGGAGAAUGCAGCAACAGACCGACCAGGGAGCCUGGACAACGGGGAAAGAAGGAAAGCCGGAAAAGAAGGAAGCGCCGCAAACUAGAGCUGUGUUUGAACCGACCGAAGAGUGGAGCAAAACAGGCAACGUUGCUGUCACAAUCUACAAAGAGAAUGCUACUGCACAGCAGGAGGCCGGUGCUCGGUGGCGCUGUCUGCAGGACAGUGUUCUGGGGCAGUUCCUGGGUUCGGAGCGCCUGGCUGUAACGAACCUGACCUUCCUGAAGGUGCUGCUGUGGUUGCUGCUGCUGGGUCUGUUUGUAGAGCUGGAGUUCGGCCUGGUGUUCUUCGUAUUAUCCCUGUUCUACUGGCUGUAUGAGGGCAUGCGUGACUCUUCACAGAGACGCAGCGGAGAGCCCAGCGCCUACUCCGUCUUCAACCCAGGAUGCCAGGCCAUCCAGGGCACGCUGACCGCAGGACAGUUCGAGCUUGGCUACAGACCUCUUGCAAACAGAUAACCACCAGCAAGCAGAUACCAGACUGAACCAAUCAACUGUACUGGGUUCAACACUGGGGACUUUUGUUAUGCAUUCAUGGACAGUUGCCAAAAAAAAACAUCUGACACAAAGGCCAAAAAUACUAUGCUUUCAAAAGACAGCAGUAAGUAUGGUGCAAACUGUGUUACAAAUAAUCUGAGUGCAGAAAAUAAAGUCUAAACCGAGAGUCUAUCAUAGAGCUUUAUUUAUUUGUAUACCUCUUGGAGAUGUUUAUUAAAUUAAAAUUGCUUUAACAAGUUUAACUCUUGUCAGGUAAUGCAUUUGUUAAAUCUUGCGUUAGUUUUUGAAUAUCAACAGAUGGCAAUUCACUACAGUUCAUGUGUAUGUUAUUUCAAUAUGGUUUAAAUAUUAAACGUGUAGCUUUUUAUUGAUUAUGAAAGUUCCCUGUUCUGUAGUAAAGUAAUUAAAAAGUGACUGUCUUCAGGAACCACAACAAACUGUAUUUCACUGUGCGUAGAUCUGGGGCACAGCACAAUGCUUUUUUUUUACAUUCCCCAUCCAGACCUGCUAUUCAGCUCAUGAUGACUGUGUGACCAGUACAUUAUAUCACAACGCCUGGGCCAGUCAUGUGAUACGACUCCUGACCCUCAGUGACUGUGUGAACACAGGGGACAAGGAUUGUAUUUUACCCAGAGCUUCACAGAGUUUAAUAAACGUGGCAGUCUGGCUUGGAUGAUAUUGUCGGUCUUGUAUGUCUAUCGUCAUGUCUGAUUGCAUUCAGACCCUGCUCAUGUGAAUUCUGUUUAUCUGACAUCGUUGUAAUUGUUUCAAAUCACAUUUCAACAUGUGUUUGAUUUAUUACACACUUACCCGUUCUUUACCCAUUCCGCUUGUAAGUUGAGCAUUUAGGUCAUUAAAAUUCAGUAAAGCAA